CACGACCAAAUAUUCAUCUAUGCUUGAAAGCUUACCUAUCUCUCCAUAUCCGCAUCUCUCUCGAAUCUCAGCUUAUCCUAUUCUAUCCUGUCCUCCUUAAUUAAAGCAAUAACAACAACAACAAUGUCAAGUUCUACAACUGACAUUGUACCGCCCAACUCUGCGGAAGGCUUCGGCUCCAGUUCCGAGAAUGAAGCUGCUCCACCACCCCAGCCUUCGCGACGGCGGCAAAGAAUAAGGCAAAAACCCGCUGUAUACAGUAAAACAAGCAGUAAAGGCAGCAUAAGCAAUAGCAACCCCGCGUCGCUCGACCAGUUGCCCGUACCUAGAGCUGUAAGCGCGGAGACAAACACGACUGGAAAUAGUCUAAAUGGCACGGUGGUUACGCAGCAGCCGCCGGCGAAAGGAAAAAGCUCUGCAUUGACGGUGCGGCUGGAUUUGAACUUGGAUAUUGAGCUGGAAAUCAAGGCGCAGAUUUACGGAAGUUUAGAACUGACUGUUCUGUAAGUUGUUCUUGCUGUCUUUCUGUCCUGCUCGUAUUUUUGCCAUCUUGAAAUUGCAUUUCAUUUUAUUCCCUUUUGCAGAUACAGCGAUUUUGCUGGGCGUUAUUUCCCAUCUCUUUUCUUGGUAAAAAUAGCUUUAGACAUACGUAUAUAUGCAUAUAUAUCAACAAAAGAAACAGUCUAUGUACUCCGUAAUGACAUUGCGCUAUUUCAAAUCACUUGGAACUGAGAAGAAGGAAAUAUAACUUGCC